AUGCCCGCUGCGACCGGCGCCGAUGGCCUCUGCCGGGCCGAGGGUACGGCCGCCGCCGCGGCGCCGACCGGCGGCGGCUCCCCGGAGCCGACCGCCGCCGCCGCGGCCGGGAGCACCGCCGCGGCGGCGUCGGACGCCGCAGAGGCGGCCGCCGCCGCGGCGUCGGCCACCGCCGCGGCGUCGGCGGGCGGCGGCGGCGGGAGCGCGCCGGCUGUGGCCGCUGGCGCCGCCACGGCGUCCGACGGCGCCGGGAGCGCGGCCGACGCGGCCGACGCGGCCGACCGCGCCAGGAGCGCCGCCUCGGCGCCGGUCGGCGGCGGCGACGUUGGGGGCCCCGAGGACGCGGAGGCGGCCACUGGCGGCUGCGGCGACGGCGCAGGCCAUGCGGAGGCCGCCGCCGCGGCGCCGGCCAGGAAGAAGAAGAAGAGGUGGCUGUGCAAGCCGCCGCCUGUGCCUUCGGCCGCCUGGAGUGCCACCAACCCGCUGGUAAAGUCCCAGAUGUGUUGGUACGAGCAGAACGGCAAGACCUGCGCGUACGGUUCAGCGUGCAAUUUCGCCCACAGCGUCGAGGAGCUGAGGCGCCCACUGCCGACGAAGGCGCCCGACGCGGCCUUGUGCCCCUUCUUCCAGGUGGGCUGCUGCUGGUACGACUCCAACUGCUUCAACGCCCACGAGCUGGCGCCCAGGGACUCGGGCCACAAGACGGCACUCUGCGCCGACUUCGCGACCUCCGGCCACUGCGCCCAGGGCGCCGCCUGCCGGGGGGCGCACGGCCAGCAGGAGCUGCGCGCCCCGCUGGCUUUCCGCGAGAUGGUCGGCUUCGGGUACAAGGCGUCCCUGUGCACCCUCUACGUGGCGCCCGGCCUGGAGUGCGAGGACGACAACUGCUUCGACGCCCACGGGCCCUUCGACCUGCGCCGCCGCCCCCUCAUCGGGCCAGCGGCGCUGCGGGGCGCCCAACGGCUGGUCCCGUUCGGCGACGCGCACGUGCACCUGGACCACGUCCUUUUGUCGCGGGCCUACGGCUCGUGCUGGUUCUACAAGCGGACCUCCUGCCAGCCGCUCGGGCCGGCCGCGGCGGGCGACGGACCCGGAGUAGGCGACGAGAGUGUUCUCAGGCAGACGUGGCACAAGCCCCCGGACGACAUCAUGCGGGAGGGCUUCAUCGGGGUGUGUUUCUUCGAGUGCUUCAUUGUGGAGUGCUUCAUCGUGGCACGCUUCAUCGCGGCGAGCUUCACAGUGGAAUGCUUCGUCGGGGCGCGUUUCCUCGGGGAGGCGUGCUUCAUCGUGGACUGCUACAUCGCGCGCGUAAUCGUAGAGUGUGCCAUCGGGGGGUACAUCGGGAAGGCGUAUUUUAUUGUGGCGUGCUUCCUGAGGAAUGCUUCGGAGGCGCACUUCAUCGGGAAGCGGGAAGGCUUCAUGGGGGCUUCAUUGCGGCGGUGCUUCAUUGUGGCGUGCUUCAUCUUAGUGAGCUUCACCGGCGCGUGCUUCAUUGCGGCGUACUCCUUCGGGGAGUGCUACAUAGCGGAGUGUUUCUUCGAGUGCUAA